UCUCCCGCAGGACAGAGCGGGCCGCGCAGUGCAGAGCGGACGAAAGCGGACGAGGGGCUCCUGGCUCCCAUCCCCGGAGGUGACUGGCAGGCCACUCUGGACUAGCGUGGUCCCCGUGUGCACAUACGCGCACACGCCGCGGCGCAGGGACACACAGACCCAGCUGCCCGCGGCCACACGCACUCAGAGACCAGGCUCGGCGCGCGCUCCGCGGCUCACACGCUCCAGCCAGUGCAGCUCCGGGCGCGGAUUCGCGGGCUACGCGCCCUCCUGCAUCUUCCGUGCCGGCGCCCUGUAGCCGGCUCGGCUCUGCGGCCAGCAGCCUGUGGACAGCGGCACUGAUUCUCCACUGCUGGGAGCCGCAGCCAGAGAUAGAGGAUGGGAAGCACCAUGGCCAGAGUCCUGCUCGGCUCCUCCCUGACUGCUCUCCUCCUGCUGCCUGUGGCUAUUGCUAUGCACUCUGAUUGCAUCUUCAAGAAGGAGCAAGCCAUGUGCCUGGAGAAGAUCCAGAGGGCCAAUGACCUGAUGGGCCUAAACGAGUCUUCCCCAGGUUGCCCUGGCAUGUGGGACAAUAUCACAUGUUGGAAGCCUGCUCAAGUAGGUGAGCUGGUCCUUGUGAGCUGCCCUGAGGUCUUCCGGAUCUUCAACCCAGACCAAGUCUGGAUGACAGAAACCAUAGGGGACUCUGGUUUUGCCGAUAGUAAUUCCUUGGAAAUCACAGACAUGGGGGUCGUGGGCCGGAACUGCACGGAGGAUGGCUGGUCAGAGCCCUUCCCCCACUACUUCGAUGCUUGUGGGUUUGAUGACUAUGAGCCCGAGUCUGGGGAUCAGGAUUAUUACUACCUGUCGGUGAAGGCCCUCUACACCGUUGGCUACAGCACGUCCCUCGUCACCCUCACCACUGCCAUGGUCAUCCUGUGCCGCUUCCGGAAACUGCACUGCACUCGCAACUUCAUCCACAUGAACCUGUUCGUGUCCUUCAUGCUGAGGGCCAUCUCCGUCUUCAUCAAAGACUGGAUUCUGUAUGCCGAGCAGGACAGCAGUCACUGCUUCAUCUCCACUGUGGAAUGCAAAGCUGUCAUGGUUUUCUUCCACUACUGCGUGGUGUCCAACUACUUCUGGCUGUUCAUUGAAGGCCUGUACCUCUUUACAUUGCUGGUGGAGACCUUCUUCCCUGAGAGGAGAUACUUCUACUGGUACACCAUCAUUGGCUGGGGGACGCCUACUGUGUGUGUGACCGUGUGGGCUGUGCUGAGGCUGUACUUUGAUGAUGCAGGCUGCUGGGAUAUGAAUGACAGCACGGCUCUGUGGUGGGUGAUCAAAGGCCCCGUGGUUGGCUCUAUAAUGGUUAACUUUGUGCUUUUCAUCGGCAUCAUCAUCAUCCUUGUGCAGAAGCUGCAGUCGCCAGACAUGGGAGGCAAUGAGUCCAGCAUCUACUUAACAAAUUUAAGACUGAGAGUCCCCAAGAAAGCCCGAGAGGAACCCCUGCCUGUGCCCUCAGAGCAGCAUUCACCCCCUUUCCUCAGCUGCGUGCAGAAAUGCUACUGCAAGCCACAGCGGGCUCAGCAGCACUCUUGCAAGAUGUCAGAACUAUCCACCAUUACUCUACGGCUGGCUCGCUCCACCUUGCUGCUCAUCCCACUGUUUGGAAUCCACUACACAGUAUUCGCCUUCUCUCCAGAGAAUGUCAGCAAGAGGGAACGACUUGUGUUUGAGCUUGGACUGGGUUCCUUCCAGGGCUUUGUGGUGGCCGUGCUCUACUGCUUCCUGAAUGGGGAGGUACAGGCAGAGAUUAAGAGAAAAUGGCGAAGCUGGAAGGUGAACCGUUACUUCACUAUGGACUUCAAGCACCGGCACCCGUCCCUGGCCAGCAGUGGAGUGAAUGGAGGGACCCAACUGUCCAUUCUGAGCAAGAGCAGCUCCCAGCUCCGCAUGUCCAGCCUCCCGGCCGACAACUUGGCCACCUGAGCCCUAUCUCCCUUCUGCACAGGCCGGGGCUGCAGGCCGGCGCCUGCGCAUGUUUGUGCCUCUCCCCUCUCCUUGGGCAGGCCCUGGGUAGGAAGCUGGGCUCCUCCCCAAGGGUGAAGAGAGAGAUAGGGUGUAGGCUGAUAUUGUACCUCUUGUUUGGGUCUCACCUACUGUGGUCCAUUUGAGCCCAAUUUGACAUGUAAAUACACCUCAAAUCUGGAAAGUUGGCCCAUAUCUCCCCCAAUCCAUGCCCUUGCUCACCUCUGCCAGGUUCCAGCUUGACCUACUGUGUCAAGGCCAGCCUCAGUGAUGGCCUGAUCCCAGGUGCAAGGCCUUGUGAGCUGAGGCUGAAACAUGCCUGCAUUUGGAGAGGCUUUGGGUAGUGCCCACCCCAGAAGUCUUUCACUAAAUUGACUUUGAAUGUGGGCCUUUCUUAGCCUGUACCAAGUCCUGCAGUUGGCCAGGGAUGCAGCUUAGUAGCCAGAGCAUCCUUUGGAGUGGGUCAACCUGAGGCUCCUUUUGCUUACCUGACAUCUAGGUUGUCCAGGUGCUCAGCUCCUGUGUGCCUGGAUGAUGGGAGGGUUACAGGGCUCUUUCAAUCAAAGACUUAAGUUGGGGUGAGGGUCAGGGAAAGUUCUGGUGCUUUUCAUUUGAUGUAAGAGCUGAGAGCCAGAAAUGCAGAUGCAUUUGGGAAGAAGAUGGGAUAGCUGAAGAUCUUAUCAUGUCCUUGACUGUGCCCUGACUCAAGACUUGAUCAUGUGAUAAUUUCAUUUCUACCCUCCUUGCCCACAACGAAUGGUCUGAAGAAGCCCUUCUCCAGCCAUGACACCUACAGAGAACCCCUAGCUCUCCUCUCUCAAUUUCCCCUGAAGUCAAAGCCAUGUCUAGAAUGAACCAGCCACCCUGCAGUGAUAUCAGUGAGUUCGGAAGCAACUUUCAAUUUCCAUGAGCCAAGUCCUGGGUCCAGGGCUUCCCACAGCCCCACCUCUACUGAUGACAAAGAACUGUAGAUGCUGCCCCCAGCCUGGACACAAUGACUAAACUCAGUGGUCUGCAAGACUUCCUCCAUGUGCCCUUGGCAUUUGAAUCACUUGCGGGCCUCGUAGAGUGUUUGGAGGGGAUGUUGUGUCUGUCAUGUGCAUGAGCAGAGACGACUGAUGGGAGGAGUGGUGGAUCUCCAGUGCCCAUCUCGGCUCUCCAGCUGUACAUUGCACAGCCACAACCCACGACUUUAAAAUAAGGCCGCAUCCAGAUUUGGGAAGAGAGGAGGAAAAAAAGCAGUGCCACGGGGCCACGGGGCCCAGCUCUUUCCACGUUGAUGCUUGUUCUUGUCCCUGCCCCUGUGAACUUGUUCAUGGCUGUGCUCUGGAGUGCAUGGGGAGUGUGGGAAGCUGCCUUGCUUGCUGUUGUAUUAAGUAGAAGGAACUAUGGGAGAUUCAAAACAGUGAUCCUGGAAGAGCCGUUAGGCUGGAGAAGGUUCUAGUUGAUAUGGUGUAGAAACCAGCUCUGCGUUCUUGACCAGUGAAUUCAGUUUUGGGGUCUUUGGCAAAGCCAGAAGGGGAAAGCACCUCCUUGCUCCUUCCCAGAAACAUUGAGUGGCUUGGACCAGCCACUGGGUGUACAUUGGCCCUUUACCCCACACCUUAUUCCCCCCUCCUCUCCCCUCCCCUGUUCUGAGAACCAGGUUCUCAGCCAAACAAGAAUCAGUUGAUCACCUUGCACUUUGGACACUACUAGGGAGCCCAAGCUAUUUAGAAGAAGCCAUGGUUCAGGAUUCCCGUUGGCUCAGACUGAAGGGGCGUGCACGCACGUGUGUGCACACAUGUGCAUGUGUGUGGUGAGGGGAUGGCAUUCUGUGUAUUUUCCCAUUUGGAUACCACAGUGCAAGUUUCUAGAGCAGAGGGAGGCCCAGGCCAUCUGACUGGGACCUCAGAUAUGACAUGCUAGCCUUCUAGGCCUGGCAGAGACAGGUAGCCUGUGGCACCCUCACUCCAAGGUGCGGCCCCUGGGCUAGGAACCCCAUUCUGUUCACUUGUCAUCACCCGCAACCCAUGGGUCUGCCUCACUGUGGAAGAAGAAACUGUGACUGUCUAGUUGCAUCACUGCAAAACAGCAAAAACCAGAUCAACCCUGAGCCCUCGCUGCUUCCUGAGCCCUGAGCCUGCGUCCUCCUACAAGUUCCAGGUUCCUCUUGCCUGUUUUUCCGUCUGAAGGAUUUCUAUUAUUGUUAUUAUUAUUAUUACUAUUUUUGCUAGUCUUGUGAGCAGAUGUACCUGAAGGAUUCUGCAUGUUCCAGGAGGGUCUGGCUCUCAGGCCACAGGCAGUGAAGGGGCAAUGCAAGGCUGGGUAAAGCCCCUCCCCUUUGACCCUCUUACAUCUAUAGCGCAAGCAAUAAGACUUACUGAUUUGUGUGUACCCCAGUUUACCUCUGGGGUUCUACCCAAACACCAACCAUCUUCCCUUGGAAUGGGCCCCAGGCAAGGCUUGCAGUAAUACAGCCUGGACCCAGAGAAGGGAAAAAUGACUAAGAAAUCCCAUUUGGUGGGUAAAAAGGGCUUCAUAGACUUAGAAAUCUUGAGGCAGGAGCAGAGCGGAUUCAAGGGGCACCCGGUCUGUAGAGGAUCAUUCCUGGGAAGUGGGGUCUUGUUCUAUGAAACCCUGAAGGCCAAAUCUCACAGACCACAUAGUUUAGGGGGGUAGGGCAACCUUGUCUUGUCCUGUUUCCUGUCGUUACUGUCCAGCUACAGGGGGAGCAGGAAGUAUCAGAAAAGGGUCUGGUCUUCAUAAAAUGGGAUCUACAACAGGGAUGCUUAGGCUGCCAGCAAGUCAGAGGGCUUUGGAGGUGUUGCAGCUUUGAGAUUGGCAUCCACCAAUGCCCAAGACCUGACUUCCACCUUAGUGUGCAGCGAUGAGGUCCUCCUUGAUGUGCUCAGGAGCCCUAGUGAGUCCUUUCCUAACCCCAUCUUCCCUGAACCAACUUCUCUGAGGACAGGGAUGGGGAGCUUGGUCAGGGCCCAGUGGUGGAAAUGACCUGGCACCUGCCGCCUAGCACCAGGGCCUCCUCUGUUUGGUCUGUACCCUCUCUUCCUUGGAAGGAAAGCUGUGAGAGACUUUUAAUGCCUUGUGUGCCCUCUGCCCCCUACAAAGAGAAGGCAGCAAGUACUGUGACCCUGCAAAUUCCACUUGAGCGGACGGAGCCUGGAAGCCAGCUGGAAGAGCCUUGAGCAGGAAGCCUGGGACUUGGGGCUCCUCAGCUUUGCUGCUCACCUGCUGUUUGACCUUGACUCGUCCCUAUAAGGGGAAAUUCAAAGACUAUUAGAGCUAGGAUUGACUUGGAGAUCUGAAGGGUAAACCUUCCCCGUGGGCUCAUGAGGAAACAGGUGGGCCGAGCAUGUUUUUGAAUGAGAAUGUGGCCCUACCAGUAUUACACAGCCCUGCAUGUGAGCCAGAUAUAACACUCCAAGCAGUGGUCGAGUACACUGUACCUUUUGCAGGAGGGGCUGCACCUGCAGAAAGUCCAGGAGUCCACGAUACAAUACAGGAGAAGCAAUGGAGUUGGCGCGGUAUAAGGAUGCUUGCUAGCAAACUUAGCCCUCUCCAUCUGUUCUGGGACUCCAUACUUACUUAUUCUCAACCCCCUAAUCUGCAAUGGUGUGGCCGUGGUUACAUCAUCUGCCCCCCAGGUAGGGAUGAAGUGGGAGUGAAAUGCUCCCUGUCAGUUUACAAGCUCUGAAAACAACACAGCUAUGUGCUCGUUCUUAGGGUGAAGACCCCCCCCCAAAAGGUAUCCCUUGCAAUCAGUCUACUGCUUUGAUCCCUCCUGGGUUAACCAUCACCCCGUUUGUAAAAACCACCAGCACUGAGGGGGAGGAAAGGCCACGGGGCUCUGGUGGACAUUGAAUUCCAGCUUUAUCUUCUCCACAUUGUUCAGUUUGCUUUGAAGGUGAGGAUGGGGUAGAGCUCUGGGAGUGCAGCGAGCACCUCUGUGCCAUCUGCCUAGGAAUCCUUCAUGGGUAUGGAACGUUCCUCAAGUGGGCCAAAUGCCCAUUCUUUCCCCUCUCCUUGAACUCCGGGUCCUGUGGUGUGUCUGUACUCAGCCGUGUGUGUUUUGUCUGCUGUCUGUCUUCUGAGGCUUUGCGUCUGUCAGGGCUGGAGUGGUUCAGCCCUUGGUACUCCAGACGUGGCUCCAGGCCCACUCCUGGGAGCUGGACAUGUCUGGGUUUAAUUUCCCACAAUAAAGAUAAAUCCCACGGACCUCACUGCUACCGCUGCCUCCAUUAACGCUGUGCUCACACCUUGUCUGGGAUUUUAAGGAUGUCAAACUGCUGUAGAUGACUCAAUAAAUGUCUUAUCAUUUUC